UUUAAAAGGGAAUACUGUAGAAACUAGACUGGAGUACACCACUGAUGUGCGCUUGGUGUUAUAACCGGUUCAAACCGGCUUGAAGAGUUGCCUUAACCGGCCUGUACCACCGUUUUUCCCGCCAUUAAACUCUUCUCCUCUCUUCCCUGUAAAAUUUUCUGGGAAAUAAUUAAAACAAAAUGGGGAAUUUGGUGAAAGAAUAAAAUAUUGGGAUCUCUUCUUCUCCAUAGUGAUAGUGACAUAAAAACACUUCUGAAACGGAGAUGGCUUCGUCCGCACCUAAAACCCUAAUGGACUUUUUUCAACCUGCCAGCAAACGCCUCAAAGCUUCCCCUUCUUCUUCUUCUUCUUCUUUCUCCACCGUCUCUGUCGCCGGAGGAUCCCGCGAUUUGGGUUCUGAAGCAAGCUCGCCGCCUCGCUUAACCGUUGCCAGUUCCGCCGAUGACGCAUCUGGCCUUACACCUGAACAGGUCGCUCGCGCCGAGUUCAACAAGUUCGUGGCCAAGUCCAAGCGUAACCUCGCCGUCUGCUCCGAGAAGGUCACUAAAGCGAAAGCUGAAGGAAGAUGCUAUGUGCCGUUGAGUGAGCUUUUAGUGGAAGAAUCAUGGCUUAAAGCUCUUCCUGGAGAAUUGCAUAAACCCUACGCCAAAACCCUUUCUGAUUUCCUUGAACGUGAGACCACCACCGACGGUAAAAGCCCUCCGAUUUAUCCACCGCAGCAUUUGAUUUUCAAUGCCCUUAAUACAACUCCCUUUGAUCGAGUCAAGGCUGUUAUUAUUGGACAGGAUCCUUACCACGGACCAGGUCAAGCUAUGGGUUUGUCCUUCUCUGUGCCUGAAGGAGAAAAGCUUCCUUCUAGUCUGUUGAACAUAUUCAAGGAGCUUCAGAAAGAUGUUGGCUGUUCCAUCCCACGUCAUGGCAAUCUACAGAAAUGGGCUGUGCAGGGUGUGUUGCUGCUGAAUGCUGUUCUUACAGUAAGGAGUAAACAGCCUAAUUCACAUGCAAAGAAAGGAUGGGAACAAUUCACUGAUGCUGUUAUUCAAAGCAUCUCACAGCAGAAGGAAGGUGUUGUUUUUCUUCUCUGGGGAAGAUACGCUCAAGAGAAAUCCAAGUUGAUAGAUGCGACUAAACAUCAUAUACUCACAGCAGCUCAUCCAUCUGGUUUGUCGGCGAAUAGAGGCUUCUUCAACUGCAGGCAUUUCUCUCGCGCAAACCAGCUAUUCGAGCAAAUGGAGAUUCCUCCCAUUGAGUGGCAACUUUAACUUAACGUAGUCUUAAAGCCAAGAAGUGGUGUAACUUUCUCGGGAAGCCUAGCAUUUUUUUGCAGUACUUUUUGGUGAAGAAAGGUUCAAGUUCUGAACAGUUCUAAUUCCUUUUCUUUGUGAAUUAUGUUAUCACAGAACCCUAUCAUAGGCUGUUGAAGUAACUGUAUCUUAGUAUGGCUCAGUAGUAGCAAAUCGUGUCUUCAUUAUGUAGUUUUAAAGAAGGAUUUAUGUUAUCUAUGGAACGCAAGAAGUUGUAACUUCUAUUAUCGACGAUGUAAGUCAUUGGUGAGUGCUACAAGGAUAUUUCUAUGUAACCCCUUUGAAUUGAUAAUGUUAUUCUCAAGUUCAAAGGCAUGCCUGGGAAACAACAAAUUUACAAUCUUGGAACAAAAUUUACAGAAGCAACUGCUCCUAGACUCUAUGAUCAUGAAUUUCACAAAUGAGGUACACACUUUGCUAAUCUGCAUUACCUGUUAGCUCCAAGUAUGAUGAAUGCUUCUGAAUUGACCAAAACAAGCUCCAAACAUAGGGAGGAAACAUAAAGAACAUAUUCGGCUCACAUUCCCUUCUUCUUCUUCUUCUUCUUUUAUGUCUUAUGUCUCUUCCUCAAGUUCCUUAUGGUUGGCAAGUGCCAAUCAAUUGAAUGUGGACACCCAAAAAA